GCAGGCGGCGGUAAACUCACAACCAGCGUGUCUACGCUACAGAGGAAGGAGCAGCAGACGAAGAGAAAGCGGAAGUAAGCGAAGAAGAAGAAGAAGAAGAAGAAGAAGGUGCACAAUUUGCAUGAGAAAUGGAUCAGAAAAUUCCUUAUGAUGACUAUCAACUGCCAGUUGUGUUUCUGCCCUCCUAUGAAAAUCCUCCUGCAUGGAUUCCUCCUCAGGAUAGGAUAAAUCACCCUGAUUAUAACAAUGAGCUUACCCAGUUCCUGCCACGCACCAUAAUCUUAAAGAAGCCUCCUGGAGCACAGCUGGGCUUCAAUAUCCGAGGUGGAAAAGCUUCCCAGCUUGGUAUCUUUAUCUCAAAGGUGGUGCCGGAUUCUGACGCUCACAGGGCAGGACUUCAGGAAGGAGAUCAGGUGCUCUCAGUUAAUGAAGUGGACUUUCAGGAUAUAGAACACUCAAAGGCUGUGGAGAUUUUGAAGACAGCCAGGGAGAUUGUGAUGAGGGUGCGCUAUUUCCCUUACAAUUACCAGAGACAGAAGGAGAGGACAGUACACUAGGUGGCAGAGACAUGCUGAAGAUUGACUGAGUGGAUUACUGAGGUGUUGGAUUACUGAUGUGCUGGUGAACAUGCAAUGCACCGUCAUCAUCUCAUCUGAUUUUUUUGACUAAUGCUGCAUUCAUCAUUCAUGUGCUGUCAGAGGUAUGAACAUAUUAGAGUAUAUAUCUGGGAAAUUCACAAGAAUUUACCCAACUUAUGUUUUGCCAACUCAGCUUUGAGAGUCUUCACAUGAACUACAUGAACACUACCUCACAUAUCCUUGUAGUGCAAAUAUAUUGUUUCUGUCACUUUCCCAUGCAAGUAAGAAACUAUAUUUGAUACAGGAAUGAACAACACCGAAAGGAUGCACUGGAUGUGAUUAUAGCACUGUCUGAAACAACUAAUACAAGUACACUAUACGGCCAAAAGUUUGUGGACACCUGACCAUCACACCCUUAUGUGGGCCUUCCUCAAACUGUUGCGACGAAGUUUGAAGCACACAAUUGUAUCGGCUGUCUUUGUAUGCUGUAGCAUAUUAUUAUAAGUAAAUUCUCUUCACUGAAUCUAAGUUUCCUAGUCCAAACCUAUUCCAGCAUGACAGCAUGCCCCUGUGUGCAAGGUGAGGUUCAUAAACACAUGUGGAAGAACUGUAGGGGCCUGCACAGAACCCUGACCUCAAUUCCUCUGAACAUCUUAGGGAUGAACUGGAAAGCAGACUGCAGGCCAAGCCUUCUCACUCAAUGUCAGUGCAGAGCCUCACUAAUGCUCUGGUGGCUGACACAAAUCCCCAUUGCCAUGCUGCCAAAAUGAUGUGGAAACCUUUAUAGCAGCAAAUGGAGAAUCACCUCUAUAUUACUGCCCAUGGUGUUUGAAUGGGAUGUUCUGCAAGCACACAGGGGUGCAAUGAUCAGGUGUUCACAUAUGUUUGGCCUUUUAGUAUAAUUGUAUUAUUCGGUCCCCUUCAAAAGUAUUGGAAUGACAAGGCCAAUUUUUUUGUUUAUGUUGUACACUGAAGACCUUUGGGUUAGAGAUCAAAUGAUAAUUAUGAGAUGAUAGAUCAGAAUUUCAGCUUUCAUUUCCUAACGUUUAUGUCUAGAUCUGUUGAACAACUUAGAACAUAGAAGCUUUUGGUGGCAGACCACCCUAUUUUUUAGGUGAACAAAAGUAAUAAAACAGACAGUCUUAAAGUAAAUAACAUUCUUUGUUUGCAUAUCCCUUGCUUGCAAUAACUACAUCAAGCCAGCUACCCACUGACAUCACCAAACUGUUGCAUUCUUCUUUUGUGAUGCUUUUCCAGGCUUGUACCAUGGGUUUUUUCUGUUAUUCUUUGUUUUGGGGUGUUUCUCCCUUCGGUCUCAAUUGCAUGCUCAAUUGGUGUAUGGUUUGGUGAUUGACUUGGCCAGUCUAAAACCUUCCACUUUUACCCCUGAUGAAGUCCUUUGUUGUAUUGGUAGUGUGUUUUGGGUCAUUGUCUUGCUGCAUGAUGAAGUUCCUCCCAAUUAGAUUGGAUGCAUUUCUCUAUAAAUUGGCAGACAGAAUGUUUCUGUCGACUUCUGAAUUCGUUUUACUGCUACCAUCAUGAGUUACAUCAUCAAUAAAAAAUUUGUGAGUCCAUUCCUGCACCUCCAUCGUGCUUGACCGAUGAGCUCAUAUGCUUUUGGAUCAUGAGCAGUUCCUUUCUUUCUCCACACUUUGGCCUUUUCAUCACUUUGGUAGAAGUUAAUCUUGGUUCCAGAACUUUUGUGGCUCAUCUCUGUGCUUUUUUGUGAAUUCCAAUCUGGCCUUCUGAUUCUUACUACUUAUUCCUACUAUCUUGUGGUAUGGCCGCUAUAUUUCUGUUCUUCAAGUCGUCUUCUAUUAGUGGAUUGUGAUACCUUCACUCCUGUGGAGGUUGUUAGUGAUGUCACUGACUGUUGUUUUGGGGUUUUUCUUCACAACUCUCACAAUCUGUUUCUGUCAUUAACUGCUUUUUUUUUUCUUCUUUUUUUGUUUUGUUUUUUUUGGCCAACCUGUUCCUGUUCAACCUGUGGUUGUUAGUACACCAGUGGUUUCUUUCUUUUUUCAGGACAUUCCAAAUUGUUGUAUUAGCUAUGCCCCGUGCUUGUGCACUGGCUCCGAUCGAGGCACACCUGGGCAAUAAGAAACACCUGUCAGUCACAUAUUCCGGUAUUUUUGAUCACUUGAAAAAUGGGUGGGUUCAAACAAAAGGUGCCAUGUUCUAGAUUUUUUUUUAACACGUCUAGAUAUAAAUAUCAGGAAAUGAAGGCUGAAAUUCUGAUCUAUCAUCUCAUGUUCAUCUUUCGAUCUCAAACUCACCGUUCCAGUACUUUUGGAGGGGACUGUAUUUCUUAACCUAGCACAGAUCUGUCAGACUCCAGUCUGGGAGGCCCACAGCACUCGAGUUUAGCAUUCUCUUCAGCUAUUAAUCAGCUAAUUACCAAGUCCGUCACAGGCUGAAUUUACGUUAGAUGAGGGAACACAACUUCCUGUGGGCUGUGACCAGUUGCAUCACAGACACGUGGGGAUGCCUACGCUUUCAAACAUCUAUUAUUCCUCCAUGCCAACAAACACCCACACCACAAACCAUUUUGUCAAGCAAGAUAUAGGCCUUUGUGGAAACGUACGUUCUGACAUUCUGGUAUGACUUUAUCGAAUAUAAAUAUAUCAAAUGUAAUCGAACAUAGCAAUAUGUCUGUCAAAUAAUAUAAGAAAAACCAUGUCAUUAUGUCCACUAGACAUUUGGCAAACAUAUUGGGCAAACAUUCAAUGCCAUUAUGUGCAGUUGAGUAUCUUUUAAUAGGAAAAUUCCAUGACCCAGUUAGUUUCUUUUAGUAGCACCAAAGCAAGUUAUCCUACAUUCUUCUGUAAUGAGUUAGUAGCAUUACUGCUUUCAAGUCCAAUAAGAACUUUACAAAGCAAUAAAUAAUUAUACUACUACUACUACUACUAUUACUACUACUAAUAAUAAAAACAUUUUACAGCGUUUCUUAUGUCCAAAUAAGUGUUUUACAUAUAGAAGGUUAAAAGGUUUAAGUAUUUAUAAUAAUGAGUCAUAAUCAGUCAUAAAUAAAUGAACUGAAAAUCUCUGAAAAUUACUACAGAUAAUGAAACACUAUUACAGAGUAAUAGGUGAUUGGGGGGAAAAAAAUCUUCCACAGGGUGAGCUAUGAGAGAUUCUUGAGGUUUACAGUAGGCCUGCUUCAGUGCUCAGAAUGAGCUAUACUGGUUCAGCAGAUCAGCAAGGUAUGCUGGAGCUAAAACAUUUAAAUUUAAAUGUAAUAAGCAGAACUCAGUAGAUAAUGAGUAACCUAAUACACAGCCAAUGUAAUUUUAAUAAGAGUAGGAUACUAAUGUGUUUCUUUUCUUGGUAAUUAUGUGGGCUGCCACUUCCGGAGCUAGCUUAAACUUAAGUAGAGACAACAAGCAGCAACUUGUUGAAAGUGUCUAAUCUAAAGGUUAUUAAAGCAUGUACUACUUUUUGAGCAUUGUAUAGGGUUAGCAUACAGAAACGUGUCUUUAGGGUGCCUUUACACGUAUUGGUCUGGUUGCAGAAUCUGAGAGAAAUUUGAUACCUUUGACUUGUUUGUUAUUUGUUUUUUGUUUGUUUGUUUUCUCACUUCAUGUAAUUAAACAAACCAAAAAGCAAAUAAAAUGCUGUCUGAGGGGAAGGUGCAGCUGAAAAUUCACGCCUAAAACUUCUUUGUUCAUUGGUCAGAAAUUCAGUGACUGAAAAAGUUAACAAAGCUUUACUAUGUGUGCAUAAAUAUUAUAAAAAUCACCCGAGCACAGUGAACAUUGCGUUGGCCCUCAAUAAAUUACUACAUAAUUAUAUACAUACAGUUAAUGCUAAAGGUUUAUUUACAUCUAGGUUAAAGACUUUCAAGCUCAAUUUUUCACAAAUUCAAACAUUCCAUGUUGCCACACACUUCCUGUGUUAAGUCAAUUAGGUUAUCUACUUUAUUACCAUAAGAGGUAAUUUCAAAGUAAUAGCUAAGAGACAGACUUGUUUCAGCUUUUAUUUACUAUAUGAGUUUUUCAGUGGGUCAGAAAUUUGACUUUGUUAGUAUGUUGUGUCAUUGCAUUUUAAUUGCUUUAAUUGGUAUAACUCAGUCAGGUUUGUGGGCCUCCUUGCUCAGACACCCUGAUCUGAAUACCACAGAAAAUUUGUGGACUGAACAGAAAAAGUGUGUUGUGCUUGCCAUGCUAAUACUUUAACUUUGUUGUCUUUAAGCCAUUUUGUUACAACUUUGGAGGUAUGCUUAGGAUUAUUGUCCUGCUGGAAGUCCCAGUAUGGACCAAAUUUUAACUAUAUGGGUGUCUUGAGGUUUUGCUUCAGUAUUUCUAGAUAAUCAUCCUUCCUCAUGACACCAUCUAUUUUCUAAAGUGCACCAGUCCCUUUUCCAGCAAAACAUCCCCACAGCCUGAUGCUCCCACCCCCAUGCUUCACAGCUGAGAUGGUUCUCUUUGAAUUAAAAGCGUCAUCCUUUUUCCGCCAUACAUCACACUGAUCGUUACGGCCAGACAGUUACAUUUUUGUUCAUCUGACCAGAGAGCACCAACAAAAUGUUGGUGAUCACUUGCAAAUUUCAGUCUGGCUUUUUUUAUGCCAGUCUUCUUUUGUUAUUGUCUUGUCGUUCUGUAGAACAUUUAGACCAAACUUUGUUCGUCCCUAGAGCUUAUUUGUACCUGAACAAUGUUCCACAGUCUGAGGCAAACAAUUGAUCACUUAAUUGAAAUCAGACUGAAAUACAUCAUGCUUACUACCGAUGAAUAAUUAGGCUGUUAGUGGUGAGUUCAUGCUUUGUACAUACUGACAGUUUAAUACCAAAGUUUGUACACAUCUGAAAUUCAAAUAGAUAAUUGUCAUUAAUAUAUGGCUUGUUAGUGCAAAAUAUAAUAUUUUGGCUGUAAUAUGAUUAAUGCAUUUACAUGCACUUAGGUUAUCUGUUAAUGACAACAAUGGGGCUCCAUGAGUCAGGUAAUAAUCAGGUUUCAUAUUCUAGCGUUGUGACAACAAAAGCUAUUCAUUUACUUUCCAGUAGCGACAAGGCUAUGCAUUUAUAGCAGCUGUGUUGUGGUUUUCUGUUCCCCUCACUUAUCAAAUGGCUGCUACGCUCCUCUCUGUGGCCCUCUGGGACCGGAGUUUGACACUCCUGACCUAGGUGAUGGAUGUUAUAUUGAGCAAUUUUGUGUAUGCUCUGUAUUGUUUGUGCUAUAGUAUGCCUGUUCUAUUAUACACACUAUAUGGCUAUACACUGUAUGGGUUCUGACAUAAAUGGGGGAGAAUGACCAUUGAUUAGAACAUUGUGUGUGUCCUUAAUAUCCUGCUUACUGACAUUAUACUACUGAAAGAUAAAACUAUCUUAACUAAUUAAGAACAACCAAUAAUCACAGCACAUAUAUAGCAUUAGUAUCUACUUUGAUGAGUAAGUCAUUCAUAAAUUGUCAAAUCCAUAUGUUUAUUCCUUGGAUCUGAGACCCUAACUUGGUACACUCCACAGUGAAUGGCAACUUUUAUUGAUAUUAAAACACACUUCAGUAUUUGAAGUGUUUUUUUGUUCGUGGUAUUGACUGCCAAACUCAUAUCUACAGUGGGACCUUUCAGUAAAUCAUUUAUGCCAUCCUGUAUAGAAUCUGUGUUUUCAGAGAAAUAACUUUAUGGAGAGUGUGUUCAUCACCAGACAGAGAUGAUGUAUAUUUAUGUCACAAUAAAUUCUGAGAACAAAGUCUUAAUAAAUCUUAACUGAUUAAAUGA